AUGGAAGACGAUGACACCCUCUUUCAAGAAUCAAAAGUUACUCGAGAUGCUCAAAGAAGUGAUAAUUUGAAAAAGAGUGCAUUUGAAUUUGAUAAGUCAAAAAAAGUAAUUGGAGUGCCUCGAUCUGCUCAAAAAAGUGAUACUAGUCCGUUUGAAUCUAGAAAAGCAAAAAAAGUGUUUGAAGUGGCUCAAGGUGCUAAGGAAACUGAAACUAGUCUGUUUGAAUUUGACAAGGCUAAAAAAUUAGUUUUGCAGGUUUGUUUGAAUCUAGAAAAGCAAAAAAAGUGGUUGAAGUGGUACAAGAUGCUGAGGGAAUUGAAACUAAUUUUGCAGGUCCAUGUGAAACAGAAAGGGCAAAGAAUGUGAGGGGAACAAAUAUUUGUAAGAAUGUUUUGCGAUUGAGACCUGG